AUGGUGUUAUUAAGGGAGGAUGUGAAUUCUUUUGGGGAAGGGUAUGCGACAAGGUCGGAUGACGAAGGGUUUGGAGGAAUCUAUGGAGGGAAACAAUCUCUCCCUGAUAAAGAAGAUGACAAGAUUGUCCAUGGGAAUUCUCCUGAGUAUGACAAAACUCAAGGAAGCCAAGUGAAAGAGAAGGAGAAAGCACGCCACCAGACUGAAGCCUCCUCAUGA